GGGACCUGGGGGGACACAGGGCGGUGGCACGGGGUGGGGGGCUCCUGGAGGUUUUGGGGUCUAUGGACUUACGGGGGUCCCAUGGACCUCUGGGGGUCCCAGAGUCAUCUGAGGGCAUUCAAAGGGGUGUCUGGGUGUGCUGGGGGCUUCCAUGGGCUUUGGGUACAUCUGUGGGUCCCAGGAAUAUGUACCUCCAUGGGCGUUCUGCAGACAGGCCUGGAUCCUGGUGGACAUCUGUUGGUCUUGGAGGCGCCCGUGGGUUCUGAGGGCAUCUGUGGGUUCCAGGGGGACUUGGAGGUAUCUGUGCUUUCGAGAGGCAUCUGAGUGCAUUGGUGGCCCUGCAGGUCCUGGGGCCGUCUGUGGGUCCUGGUUGGCCUCGUGGUCACCCCACUCAUGGCCCCCUUCUCUCCUCUCCCCACAGUUGUCCUGCUGGACUUCGCCAAGGCUCAAGGGGAGCUGGGCUGGCUCACCCAGCCCUACGGCAAAGGGUGGGACCUGCAGCAGCACGUGCUGAACGACUCGGGGAUCUACAUCUACGCGGUGUGCAGCGUGCUGCAGGGCGAGCAGGAGAACUGGCUGCGCACCAACUGGAUCUACCGCAGCGAGGCCCAGCGCAUCUUCAUCGAGCUCAAAUUCACCGUCCGCGACUGCAACAGCUUCCCUGGAGGCGGCGGCUCCUGCAAGGAGACCUUCAACCUUUUCUAUGCGGAAUCUGACGUUGACUACGGCACCAACUUCCAGAAGCGACAGUUCAAGAAGAUUGACACCAUUGCUCCGGAUGAGAUCACGGUGCAGGAAGACUUCGACACACGCAACGUCAAACUCAACGUGGAGGUCCGCUCGGUGGGACCUCUGCGCCGGAAAGGUUUCUACCUGGCUUUUCAGGACCUGGGGGCCUGCGUGUCCCUGCUGUCGGUGCGGGUGUACUACAAGACGUGCCCGGCCGUGCUGCGGGGCCUGGCCGUGUUCCCCGAGACGGUGGCAGGCGCUGACUCCCAGCAGCUGGCGAAGGUGCAGGGUGCCUGCGUGGAGCACGCGGUGGCUGACAAGGCGCCGAUGCUGCACUGCAACACGGACGGAGAGUGGCUGGUGCCCAUCGAGCAGUGCCAGUGCCAGGCUGGCUACGAGGCAGCGGGAGAGCAAUGUCAAGCUUGUCCCCCCGGCACCUUCAAGGCUGACGUGUCCCUGAGUGGCUGCCAGCCCUGCCCUGCGCACACGCUGCCAUCCUCGGCUGCUGCUGCUGCAUGUCCCUGCCAGGACGAGUACUUCCGUGCCCCCACCGACCCGGCCGCCAUGCCCUGCACCCGUCCUCCUUCACCCCCUCGCAGUGUCAUAGCUGUGGGGCUGGGGGCCACCGUGCAGCUGCGCUGGUCCCCCCCCAGCGACAAGGGUGGCCGGGAGGACAUCACCUACUUCAUCACCUGCGAGCAGUGCUUGCCGGAGAGUGGAGAGUGCCAGCCCUGCGAUGGGGGAAUCCGCUACUCACAGCCCCCCCAGGGGCUGGUGGGGACAGGGGUGACGGUCACUGACCUGGAGCCCCAUGUCAACUACACCUUCACCGUCGAAGCUCGAAACGGCGUCUCAGCCUUCAGCCCCCUCCGCAGCGUGGCCACCACCAGCAUCAGCGUCAACCACACGGAGCCGCCCCAGGUGACGUCGGUGAGCCUGAACGGACAAACAGCCACCAGCUUGGUCCUCUCCUGGACGGUGCCACCGCGGCAGCAGAGCUGGGUCUGGAAAUACGAAGUCACCUACAGCAAGAAGUCAGAUGAGAACAGUUACUCGGUGCUGCGCUGCGAGGGCACCUCUGUCACCAUCCCCAAGCUGUCCCCUGGCACCUCCUACGUGGUGCGGGUCCAGGCGCUCACCAAGGAUGGCCACGGCGCCUUCAGCCUCGAGCAUGAGUUUGAGACGUUGCCUGAGGAUGCUGAGUCCAUGGCGUCCGCUGCCGUCAUCAGCGGCUCCGUCACCGGUGUCCUCUUUGUUCUCUGCCUUCUCGCUGUUCUCCUCUACAUCCUCCGGAGGAGGAGGAACUUGCCGUCGCGCCAGUCCCCCGAGGACGUCUACUUCUCCAAGUCCGACCAGCUGAAGCCCCUCAAGACCUACGUUGACCCGCACACCUAUGAAGACCCCAACCAAGCCAUGCUCAAGUUCACCACUGAGAUCUCGCCAUCCUCCAUCACCCGCCAGAAGGUCAUCGGAGCCGGAGAAUUCGGGGAGGUCUACAAGGGCACCCUGAAGCAGGGCAAGAAGGAGGUGCCGGUGGCCAUCAAGACGCUCAAGGUGGGCUACACGGAGAAGCAGCGUGUGGACUUCCUGAGCGAGGCCAGCAUCAUGGGGCAGUUCUGCCACCACAACAUCAUCCGCCUUGAGGGGGUCGUCUCCAAGCGUGAGUGCCUUAAAAUCACCGUUUCCUUCCCAAAAAGCACUCUUUUCAGGAGCACAGAAUUGAUCUUUGGGGAUUUUUCAACGUGUUUUGGCUCUUUUUCUGCAGACAAACCUUUCAUGAUUGUCACGGAGUACAUGGAGAACGGCGCGUUGGACAAAUUCCUGCGGGAAAAAGACGGGCAGUUCUGCGUCAUCCAGCUGGUGGGCAUGCUGCGGGGCAUCGCGGCGGGCAUGAAGUACUUGGCCAACAUGAACUACGUGCACCGGGACUUGGCUGCACGCAACAUCCUGGUCAACAGCAACCUGGUCUGCAAGGUGUCCGACUUCGGGCUGUCGAGGGUGCUGGAGGACGACCCCGAAGCCACCUAUACCACCAGCGGUGGGAAGAUCCCGAUCCGCUGGACAGCGCCCGAAGCCAUCUCGUACCGCAAGUUCACCUCCGCCAGCGACGUCUGGAGCUACGGCAUCGUCAUGUGGGAGGUGAUGUCCUACGGCGAGCGCCCGUACUGGGAGCUCUCCAACCACGAGGUGAUGAAAGCCAUCAACGAGGGCUUCCGCCUGCCCGCCCCGCUGGACUGCCCCUCGGCCGUGUACCAGCUGAUGAUGCAGUGCUGGCAGCAGGAGCGCGCCCGGCGCCCCAAAUUCGCCGAUAUUGUCAGCAUCCUGGACAAGCUGGUCCGUGCCCCCGACUCGCUCAAGACGCUGGCGGAUUUCGACCCCCGCGUCUCCAUCCGCCUGCCCAGCACCAGUGGCUCUGACGGCGUUCCCUUCCGCACGGUGCCCGAGUGGCUCGAGUCCAUCAAGAUGCACCAAUACGCCGAGCACUUCGCCGCUGCCGGGUACAGCACCAUCGAGAAGGUGCUGCAGAUGACGAGCGACGACAUCAACAAGAUCGGGGUGCGCCUGCCCGGCCACAAGAAGCGCAUCGCCUACAGCCUGCUGGGCCUGCAGGAGCAGCUCUGCCCCACGGCCAUCCCCAUCUGACCCCACACGGGCAAAUGAAGGCCCCCAGCGUCCCCGCCCCCUCCCCCCCCUCUGCUUUAUUUAUUGUUCUUAUUAUUUUUUAAGGUUGUUAUUAUUAUUGUUGUUAUUAUUAUUAUUAUUAUUCCCCGCAGGGGAUGAUUUCACCGCAUCGGCAUCGCUGUCCCGAGGACAAAACAGGGGGAAACCCCCCCCCAAAAAAUGACAAUUUCAAGUGGGGGAGGCUGUUUUGGGGGGGAAUUUCCUCUUUUUUUUUUCUGCAUUUCAAGGAAGACAAAAAACCAAAGGGCUGAGCCAUGUGGCUUUGGCCCCCAAAUUUCUCCAUUUCUCCCUUUUCCCCCCCCCCCAUUUUCCUCUCCCCCUGCUGGGUUGGUGUUUCUCUGCCUUACCACUGAUAACCAGUGUUACCUCUUUAUUUUGUCAUUGGUGGUGUUGUUGUUUUUUCUAAUUUAUUAUAUUUUUGUAUAUUUAUUGAGAGAAAUCAAAAAGGUCUCAGAUUUCGGAGAGGUAAAAGGAGAGAAGGGAGAGGAAAAAAAUAAAAGCGGGGGGAGGGGGCAGGUUUUGGGUUUUACCCCUGUUUUUUAAUGGAUUGUAAGAGGUUUUCAUGAUUUUCAUGACAGUGAGUUGGAUUUGAAUAAAACUUUUGUGCUCUUUUUCUA